AUGAAAAUUAAUAAGCUACGUAUUCAAUAAGGGUAGAAAAAGAAAAUAAAAAUAGAAGGAAGAAAUAAAGAUAAAAUCAGAAAUAAUAAAGGAAAAAGAACAGCACUUGAUAAAUUGAAGCACUCAUUCUUCAGAAAUAGACAUUAAAAUAGACACAUUUCUGGCAAAAAAUUUUGAGAAUUCAAGAUAUCCUACCAAAUGCUUCAUAGGUAAUGCAAACUUAGCUCAUCAAAUCUCUGAUUUUCCCCUAAAAUAUUUGUUUCUUUGCCAGCCUUAUAUCUCAGUAAAUUAUAACACCAUCGAAGUCAAAACCCAAGAGUUAUCCUUGACACCUCCGUCUCUCUCAGUCCCCACAUUCAAUCCAAUAUCAGGAUAUGUCUCUUCUAUAUCUGUAGUGGUGACAUAUGGAGUUCAUCACCUCAACAUUUUCACCUUCCUUUUCUCUUGAAAACUGUCCCUUACUCUCACUCAGAAGUACUUUCUCUUUUCCUUUUUCUGUCUAUUUCCUUUUUUCCUUUCUUUCCUCUUUUACUCCCUUCAUUUGCUCCUAUUUUUCCCUCAGGUGCAGAGAUUUGAGGCAGUCCUGCUGUUCAGUUCACAUUAUCAUCGACAAGGCCUUUCUCAUUUUAUCUUUUUUUCCUUCAUUCCAAUUCCCAGUCAUGUUCCUUCCCUCUUCCUUCAGUAGCCACUCUAAUGUGUUUGAUAUAUGUCCUUGGAUAUACAUGUAUCUUUGAAUAAUAUAUAGUAUUGUUUUAUAUAUGUAUGUGUUUUAAAUGUACAUAUUUGAUAUUGUGUUAUAGAAAUCAUUGUUUCAUGUUUCUGUAAAUACUUCUAUUGCAUAGUAUUGUCUUAAAUGACCUCACACCCUUGGCCACUGGUCCUGGGCCUAGAUGGGCCAAUCAGAGUCCCUACCCAGAAUUUUUUUUAACUGAAACUAAGAAAAAAAGAAAAUCCCUCUCCAGUUUGGAAGCCGUAAAAUGUAAAACACAGGAGCUGUCAGCAGCCAUGUGUCCUGCCAUGCGGAACCAGCUGGUCUGCAGUGAAAAGAAUGAAGCCGACAUGCAGAAAGCAGCAGAGAACCAUGUGUGAUCAGUACUGCAUCUCCUUUGCUGAUGUUGAGAAAGCACAUAUCAACAUUCGAGAUUUUAUCCACCUCACACCAGUGCUAACAAGCUCCAUUUUGAAUCAAGUAACAGGGCGCAAUCUUUUCUUCAAAUGUGAACUCUUCCAGAAAACUGGAUCUUUUAAGAUUCGUGGUGCCCUUAAUGCAAUCAGAGGCUUGAUUUCUGCCACUUCAGAAGAGAAGCCCAAAGCUGUUGUUACUCACAGCAGUGGAAACCAUGGCCAGGCUCUCUCCUAUGCUGCCAAAUUGCAAGGGAUUCCUGCUUAUAUUGUAGUGCCCGAAACAGCUCCCAACUGUAAAAAAUUGGCGAUACAAGGCUAUGGAGCCUCUAUAGUAUACAGUGAACAAAGCGACGAGUCCAGAGAAAAUGUUACAAGAAGAAUUGUGGAAGAAACAGAAGGCAUCAUGGUACAUCCCAACCAGGAGCCUGCAGUGAUAGCUGGGCAAGGGACAAUUGCCAUGGAAGUCCUAAACCAGGUUCCCUUGGUAGAUGCACUGGUGGUACCUGUAGGAGGAGGAGGAAUGGUUGCUGGAAUAGCAAUUACAGUUAAGGCUCUGAGACCUAGUGUCAAGGUAUAUGCUGCUGAACCCUUGAAUGCAAAUGACUGCUACCAGUCCAAACUGAAAGGGGAACUGACCCCCAAUCCCUAUCCUCCAGAAACCAUAGCAGAUGGUGUCAGAUCCAGCAUUGGCUUAAACACCUGGCCUAUUAUAAGGGACCUCGUGGAUGACGUCUUCACUGUCACAGAGGAUGAAAUUAAGUAUGCAACCCAGCUGGUGUGGGAGAGGAUGAAAUUGCUUAUUGAACCUACAGCUGGUGUUGGAGUGGCUGCUGUGCUGUCUCAGCAUUUUCAAACAGUUUCCGCAGAAGUAAAGAACAUUUGUAUUGUGCUCAGUGGUGGAAAUGUAGACUUAACUUCCCUAACUUGGGUGAAGCAGGCUGAAUAAGCCAGCUCUUUAGAAAUCUGUUUCUGUUUAAUAUGUGCAAAAGGAAGAAAAGGGAUUCAGUGUCUAAACACUUGGAAAUUUUGUCUCCUGGUCAUUGUCAACUUCCUAUCUUCCCCUCUUAAAGAGCUUUCAAAAUCCUAAUGGAGAAUGUAUAUUUCAGUAAGUUUUAAUAGUUUUUUGGACUAAGUUGCAGUAGAAAAAUAUCCAUACUUAACUGAGAUACCUUGUCAAGGCCAAGAAAAGUCUUCUGCUAAAAGGAGCAGCAGACCUUAAGUAGGCUUAAGUAGAAAACAUAAACUGCCCAAUCACAA